UCCGCCCAUUUCAUUUAAGACAGCAGCCAUAUUCAGUGAGCAACUCACUCCCUCACUCUCUCACACACAGAAUCACGUCUCUCCAGCUGUCCCGGCGGUCGGAAAGUUUCAGGUCAGAAUUUCCCUGAGGACACGUUUCUGUUCGAUCUGUUACCAUGGCAGCUGUUGGACAACGUGGCACCAUUCGAGAAUUCCCUGGAUUCAAUUCCCAGGAGGAUGCAGCCAAACUGAGAAAGGCGAUGAAGGGGCUCGGUACUGAUGAGGAUGCCAUCAUCGAGGUCCUGGCCAGAAGAACUAAUGCCCAGAGACAGAAGAUCAAAGCAGACUACAAGACUGCUUUUGGCAGGGACCUGAUCAGUGACCUGAAGUCGGAAAUAUCUGGUAACUUUGAGCAGGUUGUGCUUGGCUUGAUGAUGACACCUGUCAUGUACGAUGUGCACGAAUUAAAAAAGGCCAUCAAGGGUGCUGGGACUGACGAAGGCUGCUUAAUUGAAAUUUUGGCUGCACGGAGCAACGCCGAAAUCCGGCAAAUUGUUCCUGCUUACAAGAAAGAGUAUGGCAAAAGUCUGGAAGAUGACAUCUGUGGGGAUACUUCGGCCAUGUUCCAAAGGGUGCUGGUGUCCCUGGCAACGGGAAACCGCGAUGAAGGAAAUGCUGUGGAUGAGCAACAAGCCAAGCAGGAUGCCCAGGUGCUGUAUGAAGCAGGAGAGAAACAGUGGGGCACUGAUGAAGUUGCUUUCCUGAGUAUUCUGUGUGUCCGCAACCCAGUCCAUUUGCGAAGAGUCUUUGAAGAAUACAAGUCCAUUGCAAACAAAGAAAUUGAGAGCAGCAUUAAAGGAGAGAUGUCUGGCUCUCUGGAGAGUGCUUUACUAGCAGUCGUGAAGAACAUGAGGAACCGACCAGCAUACUUUGCUGAGAGGCUGCACAAAUCCAUGAAGGGGAUGGGAACAGAUGACAAUACCUUGAUCAGAGUCAUGGUCUCUCGCUGUGAAGUGGAUAUGCUGGACAUCAAAGAUGAAUUUCAGAAGAUGUAUGGCAAGUCCUUGUAUUCUUUCAUCAAGGGGGAUUGCUCUGGGGAUUAUAAGAAGAUUCUGCUGGAGCUUUGCGGUGGAGAAUAAGGAAGCCAGCAGGGCAGGACCAUCUCCAAGGGGAAAAACAUUGGAAACAUGUCCCACCUUUUUGUCACUGGAUGUGUCUCUCGUUGGUGCUUGGUAUUAAUCACAUGCAGGCUGACAGCCAGGCUUUUUGUCUCUGUUACCUUUCGAAGAAAUCUAAUUCUUUUUGUGUGAGAUGAAUGUAUUUUUUUCUUCAGUGCGAAUAGAAACAGCUGGUGGGCACUGGAGAAACGCCUCAUCUGGCUCUGGCUCUGAGACCGAGCUCCAGCCAUGCCACCGAGCAUCACCGGAGAGUUUUCCUCUGGUUUGUAAUUGGAUCCCUGGGACGAUUUUUAUUGGUGGGGGAGGGAAGUGGACCAAGCAAUCAGCAUUGCAACUGAAUCAUGCACUCUGUAGCGAUGAGAAAUAAAAGUUAGAUUUGUGAACCAAUCAAGAAA